AUGCGUGUGCUUCGCUCCAGUCGCGCGGAGUUCCAUGGCAAACAAGUCUACAUCAUCCGCCAUGCCCAGGGGCAGCACAACGUGUCCUUUCAGUUCGACUUCGAUCCUCCUCUCACAAAAGUCGGCAGACAGCAGGUCAAGCAGCAGCAUGAGAUCUCAAAGACCCUUGGCGUCGAAGUUGUGAUAGUUUCGCCGCUCAGGAGGACCCUGCAAACGGCUACGGGGCUCUUUCCAGGGCAUACGAACAUGGUCGCCUUCGAGGAUAUCAGAGAAACGCUCACUGAAUCAUGCAACCUACGUCAACCCGUUGAAGAUGCGAUGAAAGAGUUUUCGCACGUUGAUUUCCAUCUCAUCGAAAUUGGUGAUGAUAAAGCUCUGGCACGUUUUGAGGAACUCUCGGAUGCGAAGGCUUUUAAUCUCGACGUAGAAUGCAACGCACCAGAGACCAUACGUGAGAUUCACGAGCGAUGUGAAAGCACCCUGAGGUUCAUCGCAAGCAGGCCCGAGAAGAAGAUUGCGAUUGUCAGCCAUGCCGCUUUCCUAGCUGAGUUCAUGGAGGUCUGUCAAGCCAGGGAGCAAGUCAGCCGAUAUCUUGAUAACUGUGAGAUCCGUAUGAUCCAGUUUCGGGCAUGA